AUGGGUUUCACCAAGACACAGAGGAUUUGUAUUCUUCUAGGCAUAGAUUCCGUCUUUUUUGUGAUUGAACUGGUCGCCGGCUAUGCAGUGCAUUCUUUGGCCCUUGUGGCUGAUUCGUUUCAUAUGUUAAACGAUGUCAUCUCCCUUUGCGUUGGACUAUGGGCGGUCCGUGUCGCCAAUACCGGAAGCUCGAAAAUGUACACCUAUGGCUGGCAGCGAGCGGAAACACUGGGGGCAUUGGUCAAUGGAGUCUUUCUAGUUGCCCUUUGCUUGUCCAUCUUUCUGGAAGCAAUCCAGCGAUUUGUCGAACCACAGCCUGUCUCGAACCCCAAGCUCGUCCUCAUUGUCGGCUGUCUCGGCCUUACCUCCAAUAUUCUUGGGCUUUUCCUUUUCCACGAGCACGGUCAUAGUCACGGCGAGAAGGAGCAGACGCACGAGGAUCCUGUGAGAUCUGCCGAAGAAGGCCAUGGACACAUCUACGACGACAACGGGGAGACACAAAGAGUCGUGGACGAACAUGGAAAUAUCGAAGACAUCCUCCCACAAUUCCGAAUGGGCAGUUUCAGAUCCCCUGAUCGUCGAGCUUUCACAAAGUCUGAUGAAGAGAACACAACCAUCUCAGCAAGAUCUUCGAACACCCCGACUCGUAAAUCGAUCGCUAACGGCGAAAUCCAUCCCCGGAACCGCCGUCGCACCUCGGGUUCCUUUGGUCGGGGGUUUGGCUCAGUCGAUAAUAUCCACAUUCAUCCAGCCUCAUUCCGCCAGGAUAUUAUCCACGCGGCGCGGUUGGAAGAGCACUCCGAGUCGGAAACCUCAGAAGAAAACGCCUUGUUGAUUGAACCCGAUUCACCAGACCAGCGCCAUGAAAGGUCAGCCAAUGGUUUGCAGUCGUCCUCAAAUGACAAACGUUUCCCCGGUUAUGGCAGCAUCAGCAAACGAAAGAGCGUUGACUACAGUCACACGGAGCACCACCAUAAUUCCCCAGCCGACGGCUCCAAAUCGGGCCAUGGACAUGGUGGGCAUGGCCAUUCGCAUGGAGAUCUGAAUAUGCGUGGGGUUUUCCUGCACGUCAUGGGCGAUGCUCUUGGAAACAUCGGUGUAAUAGCGACUGCACUGAUCAUCUGGCUGACUACGUUCCCGGGACGCUUCUAUUUUGACCCUGCGAUAUCCCUUGUCAUUACCCUCAUUAUCUUGGGUAGUGCCAUUCCCCUCUGCAGAGCCGCUGGGCGCAUUCUCUUACAGGCAGUUCCUGUGGGCAUGUCGAUCGACGAGAUCACAGCAGACAUCGAAUCACUUCCACGAGUUAUUGAGGCCCACCACCUCCAUGUUUGGCAGCUCAGUGAUACCAAGCUCGUGGCGAGCUUGCAUGUAAAAGUUGACUGCGAGAUUGACGGCACUGGGUCCUCCAGCUACAUGCAUCUCGCGAGAGAGAUUCGAGGCUGUCUACACGGCUACGGCAUUCACAGCUCGACCAUUCAACCCGAAUUCGUGAAUGAGGAUGAUCCGCAUGCUGCUGAACCAGGAGCUGAUUCUGACGAGGGUGCUGGUAGUGGGCAACUGACUCCAAAGCACAAUACCAACGCAAGUAAGACUGCAAGCCUCAGGAGUGAGGGUCAACCAGCAUGUUUGCUCGAUUGCGGUGAUAUGUGUGCUGGGAGCAAGAUGUGCUGUCCGCAUGAUGGCAAGCAUGGAAAGAAGUAA